AUGUCUGAGAUGCGCAAGUUGACCAAGUACUUUUGCUGCUUAGGCGGUGAGAGUGGAGGCAGAUACGACAGUCACGCAGAUGAAGUGUUUGAUGAUUUGUUCCACAAGGAUGUUUUAAUCGUGGGGAAUGCCAAAACGCACAAUUUCGACGAGUGGAAAGAUUGGUACAAACGCAGCAUUCAAGACGGACUCGUCUUUGAAAUGCAAAAAGUCGUCAAGACGGGACCUGACUCCAUUGUGUGGACUCUACUCAUACAUCUCGAAAACGGUACAACGCUCACUCACACUGCCAAGGGACUCUUCAAGGACGGAAAACUCAUCAAAACUGAACCAGCAGAUCCAACUGUCUAUGAUGUCAUGACCAAACCCAAGAGAAAACCGGUCUGUAUCCUAUAA